UCAAUACUUCUGGACAGAUGACAAGGGUAAGAAGAGCAAGAACACUGCGCCCCAGUACGUGGACUACGUCAUGACUCACAUACAGAAGCUCAUCAACGACGAGUCCGUGUUCCCCACCAAGUUUGGCCACACAUUCCCGGCCGACCUGGACGUGACGGUCAAGCGCAUCCACCGGUACCUGUUCCACGUACUGGCUCACCUGUACCACGCCCACUACCCCCUGCUGCGACAGCUGGGCCUGCACGCCCACCUCAACACGCUCUUCACCCACUUCAUGGUGUUCACCUCCAAAUUUGACCUAGUCCAGGACAAGGAGUCGGAUCUCCUCCUUCACCUCUUCUCGCUCCUCCUCAAAAACUUGGCCGACCCCAGCCAGAACCCCAAGCUGAGGGAGGGUCUGGGUUUGGGCCCGCCUGAGGAUUCCGAGAAGAAAUCUGCGCCGGCCUCCUCCACUGCCCAGGAUGCGCCUGGACAAGAGACCAAUAUGGACACGUCCGGUGACUCGCGUAUACCCUUGUCUAUGGAGUUAUCCUGCGACGUCAGCUCUCCCUCCUCUCUCCCCUCCACCCAGAUCCCCAACAAUGCUACCGCAACGACGAACAAGUCGACGACGCCCUCUUCCUCCUCCUCCCCUCCCUGCCACGGCACGGCGACGGAAGGACGCAUCAGUAACGGAGGUACAAGCCUCCCUCCCUCUCACCCAGUCUGUGAUAACACCAACGACCUGGUUCCGGCCAAAGACGCUGCCGCUAAAGACAGUUCCCACAGGCAGACUGACCCCGGGUCACUCUAUUCCUCCAAUGGACUUCAGAAGAACCCCCCUUCCUCCUCCUCCCCUCCUCCCGGCAACAACACAACCUCCUUCAUCUCCUCCUCCCCUUCGGUGGUUGACACAGAGCCCACGUCCUCCUCUCCCUCAGAGUGGCUGGCUAACCUGCAGGUCUCCGCUACUUGAUGAUCCCCCCAGGCGCCUUUAUGGCCUAGACCUUUGUAGGGUGCGCACACAGUGCCAUGUGUCCAGGUCAAAACCCGUUUGAUGGUGUCAUGCCACUGUGGUGUGUCAUGAUGCGAUUGACGUUGUGUCAUGCCGCUGUAUGUGUUAUGAUGUGACUUAAAGUCAUGAAGCCAAUCUGCUUUAUGCCACUUUGAGUCUCGUGACUAUGUACCAUGAUGUGACUAUGUGUCGUGCCACCUUGUGCGUCCUGAUGCAACUUUGCGUCAUGCUAGUUUUGGAAUUCGUUGACGAUAGCCUCAAGUUCUCUGCAGGGUUUGGUUGGUUUUUUUUACGUCAACUGACAUGAGAGUGUCGCUGCAAGAAUCUUUUGACUCGGGCAUUCUGGCAUUGUGUACACGCCCUACCGACCCCCACACCCGUGUGACCCCUGAACCCCCCCGGCGGUCAGUCUGGGGGGUAGGGUCUGCUGCAUACUCGAUCUUUCAAUUAAGUUUUCCCAUGUCAUGUUUUCAUUGAAAUAACUCGGGCAAAAGUAAAGAAUAGCACCCUUUAGUGCCCACUCCAUCCCGCUCCUGCCUCCUCCUCC